UGUUGAAAAUUAUAACGUGUAGUUAUUCUUCUCUUUUCUUCUAUAUUUUCCUCAAUGGCUAAGUCCGAUUCGGCCGGGAAAGGCCCUUCCAUUAUUUCCACAAUGCUCGUUCUUGGACUGCUAAUGGCUACUCUUGGCACAACAGGUGCGCAAGUUGGUGUUUGUUAUGGAAGACUUGGUAAUAAUCUACCACAGCCGACAGAAGUUAUAGCCCUCAGUAAACAAAACAACAUCCGAAGAAUGAGAAUCUAUGAUCCAAACCAAGAUGUUCUUCGAGCCCUCGGAGGCUCCGACAUUGAGCUCAUGCUCGGCCUUCCGAACGACAACAUUGAAAACAUCGCUUCAAGCCAAGCCAAUGCAGACGCUUGGGUUCAAAACAACGUGAAAAACUUCGGUAAUGUCAGGUUCAAGUAUAUUGCAGUUGGAAACGAAGUAAAGCCUUCGGAUCGAUAUGCACAGUUCCUUGUCCCCGCCAUGCGAAACAUUCAAAACGCAGUUUCUGCAGCUGGCCUCGCAAACCAGAUCAAAGUUUCCACUGCCGUUGACACUGGAGUACUUGGAGAGUCCUCCCCCCCAUCAAGAGGCUCUUUCAAGCCCGAAUACAGGCCACUUCUUGAUCCUAUCAUCACCUUCUUAGUGAACAACCGGUCUCCAUUACUCGUUAACUUAUACCCAUAUUUCAGUCACAUUGGUGACACCCAAAAUGUUCAUCUGGACUUUGCCCUUUUCACGGCUCCUUCAGUUGUAGUGAGCGACCCUCCGCGCAGUUAUCGUAAUCUUUUCGAUGCCAUUCUAGAUGCUGUUUACUCGGCAUUGGAGAAGGCCGGCGGGGGGUCAUUGGAGAUCGUUGUAUCGGAGUCCGGUUGGCCUUCAGACGGUGGGGUAGCCACAUCGCUUGUAAAUGAAAGAACUUACAUAACGAAUUUGGUUCAGCAUGUGAAGGGCGCCAGUGGCACUCCAAAGAGACCUGGAAAGCCGAUAGAAACUUAUUUGUUUGCCAUGUUUGAUGAGAAUCAGAAAGAACCAGCGUUUGAGAAACACUGGGGGCUCUUUCUUCCAAAUAAACAGCCCAAGUUCCAAGUUACUUUUGGUUAAGAUCAAUAAAUAGUAUUAGAUCGAUCAUAUA